ACUUGACUGAAAAUGUUGUAGUUUCUCCUCCGAACCACAAGAUGGCGCUACAACACGUUUACUUUAUUAAACUCGAGAGUCGUUGGUUUGUUGGUAAAUUUGUGCCGCGAGUUUUCUAUUUUGGAAUAUAGAGAAAACAACCUGAAGUAGAUGCGUUUUGUUCUUCUGUUAUACCUUGAUUUUGUGAGAAUUUUCCCACAGUUUUUGUUUAAUAGCUGCCGACGUGGUGAAAUCGAGUGUUCUUCAAGUUCGUCCACAAGAAAAUGUCAGUUAAUAAAGCGGAAACCCAACAGCGGUUAAAGGCAGCAGUACACUAUACCGUUGGUCGACUGUGUCAGAAGUUGGGAGAGGACCACCAGAAAGAGUUCAGUCGACAAGUCAUAGCAGCAAUAACCGAGACAACAUUUAGACAAUGUGAGAUAUUUGCUAAAGACCUGGAGGCCUUUGCAAGGCAUGCUAAAAGAAGCACAGUGUCUACAGAAGAUGUAAAGCUCUUAGCCCGCCGCAGUAACUGGUGAGUUAUUUCCACAUAAGUGCCAAAGGAAUUAUGCAGCACUUAGUCAAGUAUUCAAUCUGCAGUUACUGUUGAAAACCACCAAGUCUGAGUGAAACAUGCAGACAGGCCAGUCAGUCUAGACUUUCAAUUCCAUCCUAAAAGAGAAUGUGACGACGUCCUGCAUUGUUGAAUUUUGGGUAGAUGUGCCAUUUUGGAAGAUCAUGCUCAUUAUCGAUCAUAGAUUUUUAUAUAUAUAUAUAUA